GGACCGCGGGGCCCCCGGCGCAGCGCCGCCCGGCUCCCGCUCCUGGCCCUGCCGGCCUCUUCCCUCGGCGCCGCGGCCAUGGCGGCCAGCGCGAAGCGGAAGCAGGAGGAGAAGCACCUGAAGAUGCUGCGGGACAUGACCGGUCUCCCGCACAACCGAAAGUGCUUCGACUGCGACCAGCGCGGCCCCACCUACGUGAACAUGACGGUCGGCUCCUUCGUCUGUACCUCCUGCUCCGGCAGCCUGAGAGGGUUAAAUCCACCACACAGGGUAAAAUCUAUCUCCAUGACAACAUUCACACAACAAGAAAUUGAAUUUCUGCAAAAACACGGAAAUGAAGUCUGUAAACAGAUUUGGCUAGGAUUAUUUGAUGAUAGAUCUUCAGCAAUUCCAGACUUCAGGGAUCCACAAAAAGUGAAAGAGUUCCUACAAGAAAAGUAUGAAAAGAAAAGAUGGUAUGUCCCUCCAGAACAAGCCAAAGUGGUGGCAUCAGUUCAUGCAUCUAUUUCAGGGUCCUCUGCCAGUAGCACAAGCAGCACACCUGAGGUCAAACCACUGAAGUCUCUUUUAGGAGAUUCAGCACCAGCACUGCACUUAAAUAAGGGCACACCUAGUCAGUCCCCAGUUGUAGGUCGCUCUCAAGUGCAGCAGCAGGAAAAGAAGCAGUUUGACCUUUUAAGUGAUCUUGGCUCGGACAUCUUUGCUGCUCCAGCACCUCAGUCAACAGCUACAGCCAAUUUUGCUAACUUUGCACAUUUCAACAGUCAUGCAGCUCAGAAUUCUGCAAAUGCAGAUUUUGCAAACUUUGAUGCAUUUGGACAGUCUAGUGGUUCGAGUAAUUUUGGAGGUUUCCCCACAGCGAGUCACUCUCCUUUUCAGCCCCAAACUACAGCAUUUAGAAUUCUUUCAUCUAGCUGCAGUUUUGGUGAAUUUACUUCAGCUUUUCCUCUCCAGGCUUCCAACAGUGGAAGUGCUGGAUCAGUAAAUGCUAAUUUUGCUCAUUUUGAUAACUUCCCCAAAUCCUCCAGUGCUGAUUUUGGAACCUUCAAUACUUCCCAGAGUCAUCAAACAGCAUCAGCUGUUAGUAAAGUUUCAACGAACAAAGCUGGUCUACAGACUACGGACAAAUAUGCAGCACUUGCUAAUUUAGACAAUAUCUUCAGUGCUGGGCAAGGUGGUGAUCAGGGGAGUGGCUUUGGGACCGCAGGUAAAGCUCCUGUUGGUUCUGUGGUUUCAGUUCCCACUCAGUCAAGUGCAUCCUCAGACAAAUAUGCAGCCCUGGCAGAACUAGACAGCGUUUUCAGCUCUGCAGCCACUUCCAGUAAUGCAUAUACUUCCACAAGUAAUGCUAGCAGCAAUGUUUUUGGAACAGUGCCAGUGGGUGCUUCUGCACAGACACAGCCUGCUUCUUCAAGUGUGCCUGCUCCAUUUGGAGCUACGCCUUCUACAAAUCCAUUUGUUGCUGCUGCUGGUCCUUCUGUGGCAUCUUCUACAAAUCCAUUUCAGACCAAUGCCAGAGGAGCAACAGCUGCAACCUUUGGCACGGCCUCCAUGAGCAUGCCCGCGGGCUUCGGAACUCCUGCUCCCUAUAGUCUUCCCACCAGCUUCAGCGGCAGCUUCCAGCAGCCUGCCUUCCCAGCCCAAGCAGCUUUUCCUCAACAGACAGCUUUUUCUCAACAGCCCAAUGGUUUUGCAGCAUUUGGACAAACAAAGCCAGUGGUAACCCCUUUUGGUCAAGUUGCAGCUGCUGGAGUAUCUAGUAAUCCUUUUAUGACUGGUGCACCAACAGGACAAUUUCCAACAGGAAGCUCAUCAACCAAUCCUUUCUUAUAGCCUUAUAUAGACACUUUACUGGAACGAACUUUUACGUGGUCACAUUACAUCUCUCCGCCUCUUGCACUGUUGUCUUGUUUCACUGAUCUUAGCUUUAAACACAGGAGAAGUCUUUAAAAAGCCUGCAUUGUGUAUUAAACACCAGGUAAUAUGUGCAAAACAGAGGGCUCCAGUAACAACUUUUAACCUGUGAAUUGGCAGGAAAAGGUAGCGGUAUCAUGUAUAUUAAAAAUUGGCUAAUAUUAAGUUAUUGCAGAUACCACAUUCAUUAUGCUGCAGUACUGUACAUAUUUUUCUUAGAAAUUAGCUAUUUGUGCAUAUCAGUAUUUGUAACUUUAACACAUUGUUAUGUGAGAAAUGUUACUGGGGAAAUAGAUCGGCCACUUUUAAGGUGCUGUCAUAUAUCUUGGAAUGAAUGACCUAAAAUCAUUUUAACCAUUGCUACUGGAAAGUUACAAAGUCAAAAUUGGAAGGUUUUAUUCAUUCUUGAAUUUUUCCUUUCUAAAGAGCUCUUCUAUUUAUACAUACCUAAAUUCUUUAAAAAUGUAGAGGGAUACCUGUCUGCAUAAUAAAGCUGAUCAUGUUUUGCUACAGUUUGCAGGUGAAAAAAAUAAAUAUUAGAAAAUAUGCUAUUGUUUUUGUGUUCUUGCUGCAAUGCCUUUACCAAAGUGGCCUUAAAAUAUGAGUAGUGAAUUGAGAACAUCUUGCAUUCUUAAAUUAGAAUUUCAGAAGACUUCUAGUGACUAACUUUUAUGUCUAAAAGAUAAAAUUUUAUAAAAAAGGCCAUGUAGAAAAUUUAUUAAAACUACUAUGACUGCUAUAUUCAGGAAUAUGUCAGUGGUAAAGCAUUUAAAUGUAGCUUGUCAGAUUCACCGUAAUCCUUCUAAUUUCUUUGCAACUUCUUAAUUUUGUGAAAAUUUGUAUAUAUGAAGAAUUUGCAUGUAUGUGUAUUUACAAAUUUUUUUAAGUAUCUUGAAUUCUCAGACUGCAGAAGUCCUAUUUUAACUAUUGAUUUUUAAACAAAAAUACUGUCUUUGAAUGUAUUGGAAGCAGACAUGCAUUAACUGUGACAUGAUUGCACCUCAGUUUUUUUUUUUUCUUCCUUUGUUUGGACAAACUGAUAUUAUUAAAAUAGGACAUUUAUUUAUGUUCAUUUCUGGGGGGAAAACAAACUGGAACCCAGUGUUACCUUAAAGUUAUAGAAUACUUUGUUUAAAAAGGCAACGAUACUAAUGUUUAGUUAUAUCUUUUUGUUAAUAGAUGAACUUGUUUAAAUAUUUAUGUACAGUAAUGCCUCAUUCAUUAAGACGUAAUCUAGCAGUCUUCAUCAAUACAGAACACAACUGAGAAACUUGGAAUAAUUCUUUUUAAAUGCUUUUGAGCAACACACAUAAGUCACAAAGUCUCUAUAUGUUUGUUUUUAUGUGAAAUUUUGAUUAUUUGAUUUCCCAGCCCUAGUGUAUUAUUAGCAGUUCAGAAAUGACAGUUUGGAAGGAGAUAGACAAACCAUGAAAACCUGUCGACCAUUUAGUUUAAGGACAGCCAGGACAGCCUAGAGGACAUCACUGUAUGACAUCAUAUUCUGAUAAUAGUCUGGUACUUUGACUCUUUGUCAUCAAGAAAAGGUAAAGUUACAUAUACAAAUAUGUAAUACGUGUUUGGAAAGUUUUAUCUUACCAUGUUUAAACAUUUUUUUUUUAAAGCUUUGGUAUUAAAAGAAGUGAACAUCA